AUGACUGGGAAGAUCCAGUGUGGAUUCACCAAGGGCAAAUCAUGCUCGACAAACCUGAUCGCCUUCUACGACAAAAUAACCUGCUCGGUUGAUGUGGGGCGAGUGGUGGACACUGUCUACCUGGAUUUCUCCAAGGCUUUCAAUACGGUUUCCCACAGCCUUCUCCUAGAAAAACUGAUGCGUUACAGUCUAGACAAGUGGUCGGUGCGGUGGGUGGGGAACUGGCUGACAAGCUGCACCCAGAGUGUGGUGGUUCAGUGUGGUGACUUCCCUCAUCUGUUGGUAUAUGGACCCUCAGGAGCUGGAAAAAAGACAAGAAUAAUGUGUUUGUUAAGGGAAUUAUAUGGUGCAGGAGUGGAAAAACUGAGGAUUGAGCAUCAGAGUAUAACGGCACCUUCUAAAAAGAAAAUUGAAAUUAGCACCAUUGCAAGUAAUUAUCACCUUGAAGUUAACCCAAGUGAUGCAGGAAACAAUGACCGUGUAGUAAUUCAGGAACUCUUGAAGACAGUAGCACAAUCCCAACAGCUUGAGACGAGUACUCAACGAGAUUUUAAAGUGGUGCUGUUAACGGAAGUCGACAAACUCACUAAAGAUGCUCAGCAUGCUUUGCGAAGAACAAUGGAGAAAUACAUGGCAACCUGCAGGUUGAUCCUGUGCUGCAACUCCAUGUCAAAAAUUAUAGGACCUAUUCAAAGCAGAUGCCUGGCUGUACGAGUGCCUGCUCCCAGCAUUGAAGAUAUCUGCCAUGUCUUGUCCAGUGUGUGUAAGAAGGAAGGCCUGACUCUUCCUCAGGAACUGGCUCAAAGGCUUGCGGAGAAAUCUGGCAGGAAUCUUCGGAAAGCACUACUGAUGUGUGAGUCCUGCAGAGUGCAACAGUAUCCUUUUACUGCUGAUCAAGACAUUCCUGAGAUGGACUGGGAGGUUUAUUUGAGAGAAACUGCGAAUGCUAUUGUUGGUCAACAGACACCACAAAGGCUUUUAGAGGUCCGCGGACGGCUUUAUGAACUCCUGACACACUGCAUUCCUCCUGAGAUUAUAAUGAAGGGCCUUCUGACAGAACUUCUAAAUAACUGUGAUGGACAGCUGAAAGGAGAAGUUGCACAGAUGGCAGCCUUCUAUGAACACCGCCUGCAACUGGGCAGCAAAGCCAUUUAUCAUCUGGAAGCAUUUGUAGCAAAGUUUAUGGCAAUUUACAAGAAGUUUAUGGAGGAUGGACUAGAUGAGAUGAUGUUCUAACCGUGAUGCCCAAAGUCAUACACAGGAUGUUGUGUCAUGAUGCCAGUAAUGUUGCAAAUGUUGUCUGGUUGUCCAUGCUUGAUUGCAUGAGGGUCUAGUUCAAAGUCAAGUAUUUUAUUUUGCUAUUAAUAUAAAACACAGGGAACUAAAGAACAAUGGUUGUUCAGUUUUAGAGACCAACUGGAUUGUUUAACAGC